AUUUAACAAUGUACCACUGACCAUUUUUACUUUUUAAUCCAUUGACUUUCUGUUCAUAACUUGUUUACAUUUUGGCGCAAUCUGGCCAAUCUGUGCAUUGAUUAAGCCGUCUGUGGCUCGAGCAGACGUUUUUGUUCGUAAGUACAUAAUAAAACUGUCGUUGGUACUUUUCCGCCACAACAAAUAUAAAAAACGUAAACAAACAAUUCUAAGUAAAAUGCAGAGUGCUUCGGAUGUGAUCUCGUCGUUAUUUUGGUUUAAAGACGAGGAUCACGAUGAACAAAAAGACCCUGAUAUCAUAGAACAAUUUGUGCAAUACGUUGAAGAUUUUAGUUCUCAAUACGGAAGUGAAAUCAGUGUAUCGUAUACCGCUUUCAACCUUCGUGGUCCACCGUCAAACUUUCCUGAUUAUGGCGACUAUCCUCAAGCUUUUGUGAUGAGAACUUACGGCACCUGGUGGGAAGAAGCACCAUCAGCUCAGGAAGACUACAUGCCGCAAAACAAUCGGAGCAUUCCGAGCCAGGAUUUUGUUGAAGUAUCGUUCGAGAAAGCCGUAUACCCAGUUGAGGUGUCUGUGUUCGAGACAUACAAUCCCGGCGCACUGGUCCGCAUCUGGGCCCAGGGUCCGUCCAUGUGGAUGCUGCUAUGGGAAGGUGAACCGGAGUAUGCUGGGGACAGACCAAGGAUUUUCAGUCCACCAAUAAGACAGAUUGAUGUGUUAACAAGAGUGUUAAGACUGGAGUUCAACCACAAACUGCUUCCAUACUACACGGAACUCGACGCGGUACUGUUGAAAGGGAGAGAGCCUUGCAAGUUCCAAGUUAAGAACAAGUUCAUGUGCCCGUCGCUACUGCAUAAAAUAAAUGGACCUGUUAUGGAGAAGGGUCAGCUGUUGCACAAAAUAAUGGCGUCCAACCUGCACGAGUCGGUAAUGCUUCCCGCGGCGCUAGGGGGGAAGAUGGAGAUCGACACGGGGCCGCCGCCGGGAGACUUUGAACGGUUACCGGACGAGACGAUCCUCUGCGUGAUGAAGUACCUAGACAUGCAAUCGCUGUGCCGCUGCGCGCAGGUCAACAGGCAUUUCAACAGGCUCGCCUCUGACGCCAUCCUGUAUCGCAGCAUUGACCUUAGGCCUUAUUGGCAUUGCGUGCAAUCCCAAGUACUGGUUACCCUCUCAAUGAGGUGCAAAUACCUUCAAAAACUGGACCUGUCGUGGUGUGGAAGCCAUCUUAUGAUACUUCCCAACUAUGUUGUAAAUUUCAUCAAAGACAAUGGCGCCGAGUUAACACACUUAAGGAUGAAUUGCUGCAAAUUCGUUAACAACGCCGUGCUAAGAGCCAUCGUUGACACCUCCGUCUAUCUCGAAGAGUUAUGCCUUCGUUCCGUAGUCGGUUGCUCCGAUUGGCAGUGCCUCUCUACACUCACUAGGCUCAAACGGCUGGACCUGUACAGGACAGAUAUUACGACGACCGCAGCUGUGGCUAUAGUCGUAUCCAAUCCUGAACUGCAACACAUCAAUGUUGGCUCAUGCAAGAUGAUAUCAGCCAUGGACGAAGUAGCCAUAGCGCUUGGCAUGAACUGUCCCGACUUGGUCUCCGCAGACUUCUGGAAGUCCUACUCGCUGACUCCCACCGGCAUCAGGGCGCUCGGCAACUGCAGGAAGUUGCAGGAGCUUGACGUUGGAUGGUGUCUGCAAGCCGGCGGGUCCGGCGAGUGGCUAGCGUGGCUGCAGGGCGGCGAGCUGCGCAAGCUGUUCCUCGGCGCGCUGUGUGCGACCGCGACCUGCGCGGCCUGCUGCCCCGCGCGCCGCGCCUGGCGCGGCGUGUGCGACCGCGACCUGCGCGGCCUGCUGCCCCGCGCGCCGCGCCUGGCGCAGCUCGACCUGCUGGGCGUGCGGGCGGUCACACCGGACAUCUGCGACAAAAUCUUAGAGGAAUGCCACGAGCUGAAGCUUUUGGAUGUCAGUUUCUGCGAUCAGAUACAAGAGUCUCAGGUACUAGAAUGGCGUGAGCGUUACCCGCACGUUAGCAUAAAGCGGUCCUUUCAGUCCGCCACCCUCACCGCUACUCCAAACCCUCUGUUCCUGGCUCCGAGCCUGGAAUGAUGCUGCACCGUAUGCCCGAUGUUCGUGCUCAUGAAGAAGAUGAUGGAAAUCUAUUCAUUUAUAUGUAGGUGUUGCAAGUAAUUUUUUUUUGACAAGUUUAGGGAAAAAUUGGAGUCUAUUUUAUAUUUGGUUAGUUUUUGUUUUUGUCGUUUAAAAUACGACAUCAAGUUAACCCAUUACCGCCCACUUGGGCACACCUGGGUUACGGCGUUUGAUUCGAUUUUUUCGUGGGCGCUAAUGGGUUAAAAAUAAUGAACACAAUUGAUCUCCUUUUAACAUUUUUUAAAUUUAACUUUUAUGUUACUUACUGCAUAAAGCGCUCCUUCCCGUCUGGUACACUAGUACUAAAUGUAUAAAGCGGUCCUUCCAACCCUGUAUGCUUGUAUUUACUGCAUAAAGCGGGCCUCCCAACACGGUAUACUUGUAUUUACUGCCUAAAGCGGUCCUUCCAAUAUAGUAUACUUGUAUUUACUGCAUAAAGCGGUCCUUUCAAUCCAGUAUACUUGUAUUUACUGCAUAAAGCGGUCCUUCCAAUCUAGUAUACUUGUAUUUACUGCAUAAAGCGGUCCUUUCAAUCCAGUAUACUUGUAUUUACUGCAUAAAGCGGUCCUUCCAAUCCACACUCACCGCCAGCUGUUCCUGGCCCGUGUCUGGAAUGAUGAUUGAUCGUGAUAAAAAGUAGGUUUUCUGCCCUUUUUGAUUUAAUUUUGAAAUUGUUUUUUUGUUGGAGAUAUUUAGUCGAUUUAUUUUUUCAUGUGCAAUCUUUUUACACCAAACUAACAAAAAUUUGACGUGAGACGUAUAUUGUUUUUAAACUCGUGAUUAACUUUGAGGUGCAAUUGAAUUUAGUUUUAAAAAGGCUUUUAUAUUAAUUAAAUAUAAGGUCAAUGUGGCUAAGACCGUCUUUGAGGUAAGACCGUCUACAAGCUCUUUCGUCGCUUCUAACUCUUUCGUUUAUGCAAAUAUUCUACGUCGGUGGAGCAGGGAAAAACCUCGCGUGAUUAGUGCACAAGCCCUUAGUAACGUAGUAGGUGGAAUGACUGUUUAAAAACAGCUUUUAAUAAGCUUUUAAAGUUAAGUCUAAAUGUUAAGCAAAGUCGGUCAUGGUAGAAAUGAGGAUUAUUGAUGAUGAUUCAUGAACUGUUUUAAUUUUGUAAGUGUAUGGAUAUUUUAUUAAUAUGUUAGUCCAGGAGACUACAUACUAGAUAGUAAGAAGGGCGAAAGCUUUACCAAUAAAGUUUUCUUGCACAGUCGCCGUCAGAUAAAUCGGAGCGGCUGGCGUGCUCAAAAAUAUCUGAACACGCACUCUAACGCCUAGACAAUAUUGGCGUGUUCAGAUAUUUGUGAGCACCGUGGCCACUCCGAUUUAUCUGAUGGCGACUGUACCACCACAAAACUUAGGGUGCGAAAAUAAUUUUAUUAAUAAUGGAGAGCACAAAAAGGUUAAGAACCCCUGGUUUAAUUAACAGCAAGUUUAAAUAACAUGCGAAAAAAUUGAGGUACCGUCAACCGGGGUAAAUAGGGGUGAAGAAGGACAAAACUGUGAGAUUUAGAGACCCACACGAAUUCUAACUUUCGGUACCAUGGGAAAGGGGUAAGUGUCUUCUCUGGGAUGCCACUUGUGUCAGCACUUUUGCCGCCUCGCACAUUGGCCGGUCUGUCCGGACGGCAGGAGCGGCGGCUGAAUUUGCGGCACUCCGAAAGCGCGAUAAGUACUCGGCGCUGCUGUCGAGAUAUAUGUUUGUCCCGUUAGCGGUGGAGACGUCCGGGUGUUGGUGUGCCGAGGCCAAAAUUUUCUUGGGCGAAUUGGGGCGGCGGUUGAGGGAGAGGGGUCAUGACCCUCGUUCCGGGUCAUUCCUGAUGCAGAGGCUGUCUAUCGCGAUUCAGCAUGGCAACGCGGCGAGCGUGAUGGGCACCUUUGCGUCUGGGAGGGCUCGGGACGGGUUGUUUGAUUAAUUUUUGUAUUUGUGUCUUUCUUUUUGUUUACUUUUACUUCUGUUUAGUUUAUAGUCCAUUUUAAUGUUUUUUUACUUUCGAUUGAAAAUAAUAGUAAAUUUUAUAUGAUACAAUUUGUGUGUGUCAGGUAAAUCUCAUUUAAAGAUUUUUCCCUAUUCACUACGUUUGAGGGUUUUUUUUUAUUUGUAAAGCUGAGCCUUAUGAAGUUAAAUAUCAAAAUCGUAAAAGACGGUUAAUAUUUUUAAGCUCUGGUUUCCAAGGAUAGCGGCCACGUCGUAUACCACAGUAUAAGGAAGGUGUCUUUUUAGACCCAGUAGUCCAACUUCGAACAUUUUAUAAUCCUCGUUCCGAAUUCAAAAUCUUGGACGUAUUCGCUCAUCGGCGACGGUCCGCCCGGGCGCGAUCCUUAGCAAUAGUACAUUGUGCAACGAGGGAGGUAAGUAAAAUGUUGGAUACGAGGGAAUUAAAGACCCGAGUUUGCAAUAUUCUUACCCCCGGAGUUUUUCAUGUUUUUCAUCACACUUGCGAAGAAAAAACUAAAUUUAAGCGAAAUAAUUCUUAAAUACGGUGACAUAUCAAACAUUCGUCCGCCAUUUUGUAAUUUUUCGAGGGUUAUUCCCACUAGUUACCACCAAGUUGUUACCAGUGGUAACCACUGGUAAAAGGUGGGAAAAAAAUUCCCAGUAGUUACCACUGGUAAAAACUUGGUGGUAACUAGUGGGAAUAACCCUUUCUCGACAGGAAGGCACAUACUCGUACCUAUUUGGCAUUCAACCACGAUUGAAAAUUAUGUAAAAAUAUUUUAAACGGCUAAAUUAAUCAAAUUAAAUAAUUUUAAACAGGAACAAAAAUAUCGUCAGUAUUUUAAAAGUAAAACUCGCUUAUGCUAAUUGGUUUGUAAGAAUAAUUGACAUAAUUAAAAAAAUAAGCUGUGACUCCCUAGGGUGUCCCUAUCUUUUCUUUUUCACAAUCCAUAACUCCCGGGGGAACAAAAUAGGCCUUUGUCCUUCAGUACACCUGCAUGAAAUAAGAACUUUUUCGAGCAAGUGUGAUUAAAAUAAUAGAAGUCACUGAAAAAUAUCAAGCACGUGAGUAGAUGACGUCACUAGAACGUUGUCUAUGUUAACAAAAUGGCGCGGUUUCUUAGAGGGCGGUGAUUGAAGGAACAUUAUUUUUGCGUCCGUAACACUACGGACGCUAUAUGACAGCACCGCUAUCUUAGGAAACCAGAUCUUUACCUACAUUUAUGUGUUUAUAUAUGUAUGACUAAUAAAUGAUAAUUAUAAUAUAAGUAUAUUUUAUAUGCCUGAGGGAUUGUUCUUAGUCAUAAUAAGAAAGAAUUGGUCUGACGAAUGAACUGAUAGUAUAUAUGAAUGUAUUAAAGACUGAUUAUUACUUAAAUGAUCUAAUUGAUAAUGAGAGUGUCACAAACUAUCACAAUGUGUAAUUACAAAAUUGUAAGAUUUUUAUAAAUUAUAAAAUACCUCGACUCAGACCAAGUUAAGUUGGCAGCGAUUUUGAUAGCCCAGACGGUGCAAGUGUUAAGUAAACGUCAUAAUUUUAAACAAGCUUGACGUUUAAAAUAACACCUGCACCGUCUGGGCUAUCAAAAUCGCUGCCAACUUAGCUUGGUCUGACUCUAAGAAGUUUCGUAAAGCAUUUAAUUAAUAAUAAAAUGUAAGCGAAUAUAAUUAGUAUUGGUGGUAUAAUAUAACUCGAGUCUUUUGUCUAAAUUUGAAGAACCCUGAGUCUUUUUUGCGAGCCUCUACGCUAAAAAACUUCCGAGUCUUUUAACCUUUUUCAUCCUAGUGGUCAUCUACACGGUGCCUGUGGGAUUGCGAGAGAUUUUAACAGUAUAUUCCUAAUCAUAUUUAAAGACUAAAAUGUCCUAAGUAUAUAACUUUUUUGGAAGUCGCCUAAUUUUAGAGUUAAAGCCACUUUAAAAAAAACAUCUUUUUAUUGUUACUUAGUGCAAAACGCUGUUAAAAAAAAAUAAACCAAUUUUUUUUUUAUCAAAUCAACACAUAGUUGAAUUCAUAAUUUUUUUUUCUUCUUGUGGCCUUAUAAACGCGUGGUUAAAAUCUCUCGGGUUCCUCGAGGGCUCCUUGUAUACUACGCACCUAUUUACCUACAUUUUAAAAUUGACAUAAAAAUCAAAUUAGUGUUUUCCCUUUCAUUUGUCAUUAAACUUCAUAAGCCAUAACCUGCUGCAUAAAUUACGCCUUAAUUACUACACCACGGUUGCCUUAAUGUUUUAAAUAUGAAUGUUGUGUUUGUUUAAUGUUAAUACUGUUUAAAUCAUGUACCUACUUAUGAUUCACUUGAAAAAAAAAAAUUGGGACUAAGGGUUAAGUCUCAAGUUGAUAACUUUAUUGAAUAUUUUUAAGCGCAACUCAAAAGAACUCGAGCAUUAAUAAAGACUCCGUCAACAAUUUUGUAGGUAUUUUCUAAAUAACAGUAAAAAACUAAGCGAUUGUAUGGUGGUCUUUAACAAGUUGAAACUUAGAGCAUUUAACCAACCGGAGACGCCUUGUCUGUAAUUUUCUGUACAAAACCGUCUGCCGAUUUUUGCGGGGGAGGGGUAAGAUAAACGUCAGUCCAUACAAUGAGUAUGACCAUUGGCUGAGGUUUUCAACAGAGGGUUACGCUCUUAAAGGCGACUCCGGUUGGUUAAAUGCUCUAAUAGUUGUAAAGAACUCUAAUUUUGACUUAAUUAUAUGAGUAUGAAAUACAGUCGAGUCUUAAAGCAGAGGACUCGAGUCUUAAACAACACUAAAUAUGGUAACUACGGUUUCUACUUCGUAAAAUGUAAAAAUAUAUAUAUUUAUUUACGUAAUAAAUACAUUUUAUAAAUAAUCUACUAAGUACUUUAUUUUUAAUACAAACAGCUAAAAAAGCUUGGCCAAUUCUGAAUACCGUGUUAGUAACAAUAAACUAGAAUAAUUAUAGAAGUGUGACUAAAGCUAAAAAAUGAGGCCACGGGAAUUCUGCCUUGAGGUAAUCAACUGUAAUGCACUGCGCGCGUGUUGACAAGGGUUAUUGCCACUAGUUACUACCAAGUUGUUACCAUUGGUAACUACUGGGGUUUUUUUCCCACCGUUUAUCACUGGUAACUACUGGGAAAAAAAAUCCACUAGUUACCACCAACUUGGUUUGAACUCUUAACAUUUUGGUGUUAACUACUGGGAAAAAAUCCUAACUUUUACCAGUGGUGACUACUAGGAAAAAAAAUCCCACUAGUUGCCACCAACUCCGUUUGGUGGUAACUACUGGGAUUUUUUCCACUGGAAGGUGGGAAAAAAAUCCCAGUAGUUACCACUGGUAACAACUUGGUGGUAACUAGUGGGAAUAAUCUGUUGACAACGGCAAAUCUACUUAGGUCACUAGAUAAGUUUUGCAGUAGACACAAUAUGAACCAAAGAAGUGGCCUAUCAUAUAUAUUUAUUAAAACUGAUACUUACUGACAUGGACUGUAUUUAGAAGUCAAUAAUGUACUGAGAGCUUCAUCUAUAUAUAAUAUUCCGUCACUGGUUAGUAACAACCAAGUAGCAACGAAAAAUAGUAAUUUUGAAGAUAUAUCUCGGCAACGUAAUUAAAAAGAAAACACGUUAAUGCUGAAUAACGAAAAAAUUCCAAAUAUACCAGUUCAAUUCUUUUUUAAUGAAGUCUUUUAUAUUAAUAUUGUUGAUCAUUUUGACCAAUGUUUGCAAUUUGAAGAAAAUACGUUUAUUUCAGUUAAACGAUGGUAGUUUUAUUUUUAAAGGAUUUUUUUUUAGAAAGACUUAAGAAAAGUAUUCCAAAAAAUGUUUUAAUGUAUUUUUGGCCCACACGUACUAAAAAAACGGUGAAUAUCCGACUUUCAGUAUUUAGUGUUCAGCAUUGUACUUAAUUUUGACAAACCACUGUGCAAUAUUUAAGAAAGAAAUAUCGCAAUAAAAUAACGUUGCAAAACGUUUUAAUAUAUGUUUUUAUCUAUAGGAAAUCGAACAAGACGAAAAUGAUGACAGCUAAGACAGCUGCUAAGCAGCUAACAUGAAUAUGAUGACAUUUUUUUUACUACGAAUAAUAUAUCAUUAUUUCUGCUCUAGUGAAGUAAUUAUGUGGCUUAUUAUUAGGGCAUUUUCAUAAAAAAAUUAUGCACCAUUCUUUUUUCUUUUAAAAAUAUAGAAAGUUUAGUUAGAAAAAAAUUGAAGUUUUUUUUACUCAGAAUGAAGUCUACUAAUGAUUUUUUUUUCUUUUUUUUUCGAAGACAUUUUUUUAACACAUCAAUUAGUCCUGGUAAUAAUGAAAAGAAAAAGCCCUAGCCCAAUUUGUUUUGAAAGUUAAUGGCACACUUGUUUCACGAAAUAGCCAACUUAAGAGGUAUUACCACACAGAGGUAGAAUGGGAAAGUCAACGUCAAUCGAUAGUUUCUACCUAUAUUCUGUUUUUUUAUUCCGUAGACUAAAAUGACAUUUCAUGUGGUACUAAGAAAUGUCAUGUCUAACAUUUGAAACGUCAUUUUAGUCUACGGAAUAAAAAGACAGACAUUAGAGUCCGAUCGAUGUAUCGACGUCGACUUUCCCAUUCUACCUCCGAUCGAUGCCAUCAAUCGAUUAUCGAUAAUACCAGGGGAAGGGUGGUAACACCCUUAAAUAUAAUCUGUAAUUUUUUUAUUAGAUUUUUUUCAUAAAUCCGUCGUUUUUUUUUCAUUUUGACUUGAUUCAGGCUGUUAGAAAUCAUAAACACACAAAAUUUUCUCAUGUUAUUCAACUGGAGCAGAGCUUUUAUUUUAAGACAAAGGUAGUUGCCGCUUAUUAAGAUAUUUUAUACGUUUCCCGUCGAGUGAUGGUUCCCAUGACAGUUAAUUUUUAUAUAGAGUUAGGGCCUCCGCUAGCUGACGCGGACGCCCGCCGCGUGCGCACGCACGCGGGUGCUAUUUGUAGGUGAAAUCCGCCGCACGCGUCCGCUUCAGUUAGCGUUGCUCAUACUAUUUUUCGUUAACCCGCUCGUCCGCUGCGUGCGUCCGCGCCAGCUAGCGGAGGCCCUUAGCCCUUUACUAACUGAUCCUUAUUUCGUCAUAAAUUUAUUUUUCUACGAAGCACCCGUAGUAAAAUAUAAUUUAAAAUUUACCGCUAAAAAACCAAUGUUUUUUUUUCAGAAUUUUUAAAUACAUUUUCGUUACCGCACUCUUACAAUUUGGACCAUCCAUACAAGAUGUUUUUUUUGUCCAAUUGUCCAAUUUAACUUAUACACUUUGGUAAUUUUUUUUAUAUAUUGUUAUGCAUUUAUAGGAGGAGGAUCGCACCUCAUGCGCCUCUAAAUCAGUACUUAGAAUCCCUAAAAUGUUAAUAAAAUAAUAUUAAAAAUUAGCGGCGUUAUUUCAUCGCCCCACAAAGAAAAAUUGAAAAAAAAAAUGAAAAAAUACAUUUUGUGUGGGGUUCAAAUUUUCAAAGUGCGGUUGCGACAGCUAAAAUGUAUUUAAUUUCUUUUUAAUAUAACUAUGUAAGGAUCAUUAUUUAUAAAUAGCUUAUUAUUAUGACUAUUCUUACUUUUAUCUAUGAAUAGCUUAUAAAAGAGUAUCAAUUGACUCGUCACUAGUUCCCGCCAUUUUGAAUUGUUAUAAAAAUACGGGUAGGCAGUGACAAGCGGCCAGUUCGAGUACGGACAGCCGUGUCUUAUCCAACCUCGACAUUGACAGAAUCAUCAACACCUUGAUGGAGCCAUAACACGAAAAAUUGAUUGAUUGAAGUUAUAGUGAAGACGUCUAGGAAUAUUUAUUGUAAAUUGGUUGCUAUUAUAUCUUUAUCUUUAAUAAAGUCAAAAUAUUGGUGAAAAUAUUCGUUUUCAUCAUCAAUCCGGAAAUAUCCCAACAAUUACAUUGGUUUUUUAGUCGUAGAUUUUAACAAUAAGCGGGUGCCCCGUAGAAAAAUGAAGGACCACCCUAGAGUAGCUGUCGCGUUAAACGUUAGUUCACGUAUUUGGAAGUUUAGCACAUUCAUUUAUUUAGAAAUGUAACGAAAAAAAUACGGUGUUAAGUCGAAAUUUGAUUAGCUAUACGCACCUAUAUAUGUAUACCUAUAUGUACCUAUGAUGAGCCAACCCACCGCUGCAUUUUUAGUUGCAAUAAAUAGUCAUAAGCGUA